AUGGUUGGGGCGGCAUUGCUGCUGCUACUGCCUGGGCGGGAGGCCUUCAGGUACUGCAAUCUCCGCCUACAUUCCUCCGGAUUCAGGGGUGCUCGCAACGCCGUCGAGUCGGCGCAGUUCUCGCGGGUACUUAGGAGCAGCAGGAUCAGCCACGCCGUCCUGGGGAGCGGCGAGGGAUUCCAAGAGCUGGACGAGAUGCUAGAGAAGAUCGCCACGAUGCCCGAUCCAUCGCAGGGAUAUGGCUUCGUUCUCAGGCAGAUUGGCGAGCGCAAGGCGCUGGCACAGGGCAAGCGCGUCCAUGCUCACAUCUUGAGGACCAGGAAGUGGAAGUCGAGCACCGUCGUCUCCAAUCUCCUCGUCCAGAUGUAUUGCCAGUGCGGCAGUGUGGAUUUGGCGCGCGAGGUCUUCGCCGGCACGAUCCAUCGCAACGAGCAGUCGUGGAGCUCGAUGAUCGCGGGCUACGUCCACCAUGGCCGCCACGGGGAAGCGCUCGAUCUCUUCCUCAACCUGGAAUGCGAGCAGCGCAUCCAGCCUAAUCGAUCCAUCUUCGCCAGCGCUCUCGCGGCUUGCACCCACUUGGGCGAUCUGGAACAUGGUCGAAGGAUCCACGAGCGCAUUCAUCACUCCAAGAUCGCUGGAGUUCACGACGUGGUGAUCGGGAACGCAUUGGUGACGAUGUAUGCCCGGUGUGGGGAUUUGGUGUCGGCCCGUGAGUUUUUCGAGGGGAUGCGAGAGAAGAAUUCCAUGUCGUGGAACGCUAUCAUCUCGGCUUACGUCCAAGGCGGCCAUCCCCGGGAAGCUCUCGAGCUCUUUGCGAGGAUGACAGGGAAGUUAAACAGCUUCGUUUUCGCCAGCGCUUUCACUGCUUGCUCGAUGGUGGGAGAGAUUGAUCUCGGUAAGAAACUCUAUGCAAGGUUUGUCGAGAGCGGACUAAAGCCGGAUUUGAUCGUGCAGAACGCUCUGAUGAGCAUGUAUGCCAAGUGUGGAGAGUUGGACGAGGCGAGGAGGAUUUUUUUCGAGCUUCCAACGCGUGAUGUCGGUGCAUGGGCGUGUCUCAUGGCCGGAUAUGCUCAGCACGGAGAUGUCGCUCGGGCUCUCGAGCUCUACAACAGGAUGAGAGACGAGAAGGUGGAGGCUAACGCGGCCAUUUUCUCCACGCUCAUCGCGGCUUGUUCCACUCUGAAAGAAGGCUUCUCUGGUCGGAAUGUAUGGGAAGCACGGCAAGAUUGAGGAAGCGAGACGGAUUUUUGAUAACAUUCAUGGCGAAAACAAAGACGUGGCUGCCUGGUCGAGCAUCAUUUCGGCUUA